CGUGGGGAUGUGAGUGAACGAAUAUGACACAGCCACUCGUGGAAUAACAGCAGAACGCGGAUGCACGCACGCGAGAGACAGAAUGGCAAGUUUCGGGAAACUUACGGAUUACUUUAACCGCCGGCGUUCCAGGGAUGAGCUCAUGGCUCGGAGGGACACCCGUCGCAGCGGCAGUUACUGCUGCACAGUAGCCGAGGCCAGGUCUUUGGAGCGACGGCUACAGAGGCCUUUGCUGGCCAAAUCCAGGACAUUACCCAGCAUCCCUCAGUCCCCCGCCGCCAUCCGCGUGCAGCAGUCGGAGAAAGUUUGUGAACGUCAACAGCGCCCACGUGUUCCUUCCAGCCCUGGUGGUCUUGAAGCAUGUACGCUGCCUCCUGCAGGCGAGAUGUGGCGGCUGGAAGAUGAAAACGAGGUCGAAGUCGCUCCGGGUGCCGUCGACCCGCGGCCGCGCUCUCAGUCGCCGUUCUCACAUUUCCGGCGGCGGGCGGCGUAUCUGAGGAAAAGCAUCUCGGCCGACGAUCACCUGGGAGAGUCGGAGUUCGAACCCGCCCAGCCGGAGAGGAGGAGCUUCGCCGAUCCAAAAGUCAAACUGAAGAGGAAGUUUAGUCUGGGCUCCAUCGACAGGAAGGGAACACAGCAGAGAAGGACUGAGUCUGAGAUUGUGAAGUUCACCCAGAGACUCUCUUUGAAGGACAAACACUGCAAGGAGGACAGGAGUCAGUUGUCCAGACCUCCGGCCUACAGGAGGCGCUCUCUCAGUGUGGACUGGGCAGAAUCCAAAAUGACUCAACAGAUUCCAGACCCCCAUCCUCUGAUUCCACGCAAAUACGCCAGCACGUCAUGUUCGUCUCCGCCGAACGCCGCGCGACGUCUCUACAGAAACCUGUCUGGAAAGUUCCGCACGGCGAACCUUGUUCUGGAUGAUACGGCUCUCCCGGGCCAGUCGGACAAGGACCAUUCGCACAAAACCACCAUGUUCCAGGGAAACGAAGCUCUGUUUGAAGCUGUGGAGCAUCAGGAACUGGACGUCGUGGAGUCUCUGUUGAACACCUUCAGUCUGGAGGAGCUGGACUUAAACACCCCCAACAGUGAAGGACUGCUGCCGCUCGACAUCGCUAUCAUGACCAACAACGUCCCCAUGGCCAAACUUCUGCUGAGAGCCGGGGCCAAAGAGAGUCCCCACUUUCUAAGUCUUGAAGGCAGAGCCGCUCACCUGGCCUCCCUGGUGCAAGAGGCGGAGCAUCGCAUAGCAGAGCUAGUUGCCCAGGUGACGGGGGAGGAGCCUGGGGAGGGGGAGGGGUCAAACAGAGAGAGACAUCUGAAAACCUGGGAAUGGAAGCUCCGCCUCUACAUGCGCAUGCAGACUGGAUACACACACGCCAGUCCUCCUGAGCCUCCCAGUGUCGUUCAUCUGUCCGUCAGCAAUAGCACCAGUCUCAGAGUUUACUUCCAAGAGCCUCUUUGUCACAAUUCUGCUGUUAUUACCAAAUACCGCGUGAGCUGGAGCAGCGUUCCUUCAUUUACUCCAUUACUGGGUGAGACGGUCAUUGAAGACGUGACUCAGCUCCAGUAUGACAUCACUGGACUUCCAGCGGGCACAUGCUGCUAUGUCCAAGUAUCAGCAUAUAAUAUGAAGGGAUGGAGUUCACCUCAGAUAGCUGAACCUGCUUGUGCUACACCUUCAAGCUGGAGGGAGGUGGACGGUCUUCCCCCCCGCCAGCAGGGUCUGAAAGAGGCGUUGGAGCAGCUCCUGGUGCAAAUUAAAGGGGCACACCGUCACUGCGCCUGCCACGAACAAUGCAAAGCCUCGUCAAACACCAGGAAACACUCUGUGUCUAAAAGUCUGAGGCAUCUCUUCCAGGCCACCAGCAAAUUUGUCAAAAAUCUGAAAAGAGGCCUUUAUCUGGCCUGUAUAUUUUAUAAAGAUGAAAACGUUCUGGUGACUCCAGAGGAUCAGCUGCCCGUCGUUGAGGUGGACGACUCGUACAGCUGUCACGCGCAGGAUUUACUCUGGUUUACAAAGGUGUCACAUCUGUGGGAGGAGCUCACCUGGAUGCAGCAGUGCAUCAGUCCUGCACACGCCUCCAGUUCCUGCACGCUUCAGACGCGCCUCAAGCUGCUGCAGGCAGCUGCACAGCUACAGGCUCUCCUUGGCACGGUGGAUCUCGGGCAGGUGUAUUUUGAACCCAUCAAGGAUAAGCAUGGUAACGUAGUGUUGGUGCUGAUGAAGGACACGAGCGCAUGCGCACCUCUGGAAGGCGUACACUGGAUUCCCAUCAGUAAAUUCCAGCUGCAGCGCAGGUCUUUCUCUUCCUCAUCAGACGAGCCCAGCGCACUGGAGACGCUUCUCACCACACUGCAUGAGAAGCUGGCGUAUCACCGGCGCAGCAGGAAGUGUCUGUCUCCAGGCCUGUAUCUGGGAUAUCUGAAGCUCUACACCUCAGUGGACCAGAUCAGGAUGCUGGUGUCACACAAACACCCAAACGUGCUGUGCCACGUCAAAAUACGAGACAAUGGCCACGUCUCCAGGGAAGAAUGGCAGUGGCUUCAGUCGCUGAGUUCGCUGGAGGACAGCGCGAAGGUGUGUGACGAUGUCCAGAGCGCUCCACAUCGCCUCCUACUGGACUUACGGACCGCUGCUAAAGAUUUACUCGCCUGCAUCAACAUUCCCAACCGCCAGGCACAGGAUUUCCGUGUGUAUGUGAAGGAGGUGGUUGAGUUGGGAGGGGGCGUGUCCUUCCUGUUGCUCCUCCCACCGUGUGAGGAGGUGUGUUCACCGCCCGGACAGAACCAUCUCUGCUCGCCGCGCUCGGGAUUCUUCACCCUGCCGCUGCAGAUCUUUGAGUUAGUUCAUUUCGAGGCCUACUGCCCCAGUUUCAUCGGCCUGUACUGCCGCGUGUCGGCCCUGCUGGCUCUGGAGUCCCUGAUGUCCCAGCAGACUUUGCGCGAGGCGUUCUCUGAGUCCGAGCACUUCGCUGCCAAGCAGAAACAUCAGCAGGUUGAGGAGUAUUUGCAGCAUCUGGAGGAGCUGUGGCGUGAUGCACGGUGGAUGGUGGUCCUCCAGUCGGCCCGGUAUAAGCAUCAGAGCUCUGGAGUGAGUCUGGACUGGAUUAUAGACUUCUCCAAAGAGAGUAUUCCAGAAAAACCAGCUUCCACUUCCUCUCAGGGGGACUACCUGCCCUCACCGACCCCGUCACCAGAGAGCACACGCAAACACAACGAUUCCCACGGUCUGUCGGAUGAGGAUAACUCAUCGGAGGUGUUCCUCACCACUGAUAGCGAGUACAGCUCCAGUGUGGCCCAGAGCACCAGAGAACUGGACCUGCUUCCACCGUCUCCUACCAGCUUCAGAUCCUUAACGUCCACACACCCUUCCUCUUCCUCGCAGUCCUCGCCUUGCUCCUCUCAGCCGGACGUGCUGCAGACUGGAGGAGGGAUGAGUAGACGUGAGCACAUGAGUGCGUUCGAUAGUGACUUCAUCCUCCCGAGCCGUCAGAUCGAGCUGCUGCGGGUCACGGAGAAGAGAACGGCGCUGUGCAUCCGCACCAGCAGUCUGGAGUACCCGCCUCCUGUCUCCAUGCCAACCACACCCACCAGUUCCUCCAAUCAGAAGCACUGGGCACGCCCCUCCUCCUUCGACCUGUGCUUCCCCGAGCCCCGCCCCGUUCCUGUGCGCACCCUAUCAGAGGACAGCGGCGUCCAGCGACUCUCCGCCCACUCUGCCGGUUCCCCUCACCAGCUGUGCCACAGCACACUGAGAGUUUACCCACAAUACCGCACCGGGUUACCCAAAGACACCAGUGUCAAAUUACGCGUGACUCCAGAGACGUCGGCCAAAGAGAUGGUUCGUCUGGUGGUCCAGGAGAUCAACGCCGUGUGCCAUCACCUGCAGAAAGCCACGCAGCAGUGCACCUGUGCCCCGGAUCAGUGCAGAUACCCGUCCUGUGCAUCUGAGGUGUGUGUGUAUGACAGCGAGCAGCUCGAGCACUUCGGCCUGGUUCUGCUGGUGGAGGGGGGAGAGAAAUGGCUACAGGACGAUUUCUGCCCACUCACGCUACAAAACCCAUGGACACGCGGCAAACUCUGUUUUAAAUAUAACCAGAAGAUGAAUGGAAAAAUGCUCUUUGCUAAAUUUGCAUGA